AUGGGAAGAAGACCUUGUUGUGAAAAGGUAGGGCUGAGAACAGGAAAAUGGAGAAGUGAUGAAGAUGAAAUCUUGAUUAAAUACAUUCAAGCCAACGGUGAAGGUUCUUGGACUUCUUUACCUAAAAAUGCAGGGUUGUUGAGAUGUGGGAAAAGCUGCAGGCUAAGAUGGAUCAACUACCUAAGAGGGGACUUAAAACGAGGCAAUUUUAGUCGAGAAGAAGAAGAAGAAAUCGUCAAGUUACAGGGAUCCCUGGGUAACAGGUGGUCAACCAUAGCUUCUCAUUUACCAGGACGAACAGACAAUGAGAUUAAGAAUUACUGGAACUCUCAUUUGAGCCGUAAAAACUACAUGUUCUUCAAAACUAUAAGCCACCCGACACAACCCUCCAUAGAUACGCACGAAAUGGUGAAUCAAACAAAGCAUAAACUUGGUCGUGUGAGCCGUCGCUUUGCUAAAAAGUACAACCGUAAUAAAGUGCCCCACAAUUCAGCCAUACCCACAAUGGAGAAAUCGCGUGAUGAUCAAACAACAAAAGGAAAGAAUGUAACUUUGGUCGUUGAAAACAUCCUUCUAGAAAGUGAAACUCGUUCAGACGAGAUUCAGAUGACAAAAGUUGAUGAUGGACUGGUGCUAAAAGAUGAUGAUGAGCAAAUGAGCAUGAGCUUUGUUGCAACAGAUGAUCCUAUGGAUUUAGAUGAAAUGAUGGGGUUUCUUGAUGAGAAUCAAACUGAAAAAUGUUUUGAAGACGACAUUUGCAAGAUAAAUGCAGUUAAUAAUGUCGACGAUAUGGAAGAUGAAAACUUUAGCGCGAAUCCGUUGCAUUGUAGGAGGUUCUGUUUUGAUGAAGAAUUGGUGAAUGAAUGGGAGAUGGGGUUUGGAAUUGAAGAGAUUAAUUAUAUGAUGUGUGAUAAUGAUGAUGACGAUAUGUUCCUUUGGUCAUGGAAUUAG